AUGAAGCAACGCUGCCUAGAACCUGCGAUCCCCAGGUACUUGCAGGUCGAGCGCACCCAGCCACUUCAUCAACCUGCGUGCUUCAGGGGUCCCCAGCAAGCUUCACAUUCCGCAAGGUUUCCAAAAGCUGUCAAAAGCAUUAUUUCUAUUGACCUGGGCAUCCAGUUCAUGCCGUCGAGUGACCCGACACAUGCCAUCAACCUAAUCCGUGGCGCAAUCAAAAGCCCAUUUGGGCCUCAACACCAUAUACGAUCCAGCUUCACCGACACAAAUGGCUAUAAGAACAUUGUCUUUACUCUAUAUUGGAGUGAUACAUCUGUCUAUCAAAGAUGGGAAGACAGCAUGCCUGCCGACUGGUGGCACCGAGGACUUUCCCUUGAUUCUGGCGUUGGCGUGUUCAAAGAAUUUUACGACACCCCAAUCACAGAUACUGAGACUACUUUUGCUCUGCCCGUUCCUGAAGGCUAUUCAGUCAUUGCAGCAGCGAUGAGCAAUGAAACCGAUACUCAUGAAUACUGGGGUUCUUCUAGAGACCGCCUUCCUCGAGCACAAACAGAUACUCUCGAAUCUUGCGGUUGGCCAGAGCUCGAAGACAGUGACACUCUUGCUGAUUCUCGUGGGCGACUAGUCAUAGUUCGUCCUCAUCAGAAUAUGUGUCUGAUUCGCUCCGGACAGGUCUGGGAGCACAGCGAUGAGAAGGAAGUUGCCUCUUACUACACAGAAAUCAAGCCAACACUUGACAGCGGCAUGGAAGAACUUGUGGCUGAUAAGCGCCGUUUCGGAUGCUUCUCAAACCGUUAUCUGCGCAUCGAAGACGACGAUGGUAACCCUAUUGGAAAGUCCUGGAGUAUCAGCUCGUGGGAGUCUCUAACCCACCUGGAGAAAUGGGCGCUUACGCCAAAGCAUAAGCAGAUUUUUGGGACCCAGAUCAACCAUUUCAAUCGCAUGGACAAGGAGGGCGUUGCACCUAAUCUCAACUUGUGGCACGAGUUGAUGGUGUUGCGUAAGGCUGACCAGUCAUUUGCUUAUUUCAAUUGUCACAGCCAAACGGGCAUGUUAUCAGCAGUCUUCCAUUGA